AUGUUGUUUAAGGCCAUAGGAUUGGUCUUGCUGCUGACUGGCCAGGCCUGGGGUCAGUCCUUCAGUUUUCCCGUCUACACCGUGGGAAGCAUAGUCUCGGCCCUAACAGGAGGAGGCGGUGGUGGUGGUGGCGGCGGUGGCGGCGGUGGCGGAGGAGGUGGCUCACGUCCUGGUUCCUCAAGCAACAGCAAUGCUCAAGCGGAAUACGAGGCUUACCUGAAUGAGUAUUACAGCAGCCAGUGGCAGCAGUACUACGAGGCUCAGGCGGCUUACAACGCGUAUUUGUAUAGCCUUUACUUAGCCAGCUUAAAUAAUAAUAAUAAUAACCAAGUGACUUCGACGACUGCCGCUCCGGUCACUACAUUGCCUACGCCUACGACCUCCACCGCCAUUCCUACGUCCACGGGAACUCCAACUACGUCCACCGCCAUUCCUACCUCUACGGGAUCUCCUACGACGUCGACCGCUGUAGCCACCCAAUCCACAACUACUGCAUCUCCAACCACCUCCACAGCAGUGGCUACUUCGCCAGGAUCCGAUACCACCUCGACCGCCGUGGCCACUCAACCCACGACAACGGUAUCUCCGACCACUUCCACUGCUGUGGCACCCGCAAACACGGACACCACUUCCACGGCGGUGCAGAAUGCGCGGAUUCAGACCACUCCUCUGCCUAAUCGCUAUGUGCCCAGCUCUCUGGUAAAUCCCUACGAUCUGCACCGCAUCAGUUCCAAUCAGAUCUACGUCCGUGGCUCCGCAGUGGCAUCAGCUGAUGCGCAGUCCGAGCCUGUAUAUAUUCCAUAUCAGAAUAUUUACCGCAGGGCUCAGCCAUCUCCUUACUUCGGGUACGAGGGAAAGAAAUAG